CCCUACAGGAUGUCCUGAUGAGCUGAAAGAUCCUGAGAGAAUGGAAGCUUCUGGAGGGCAGGCUGGCUUCCUCCCACAAUGUGGGCCGUUUGGGAGACCCCCUUGGGGCAAUAUGUUUGCCCAGUGAAGCCUCUGAUCUCCAUUCUUGGGCUCCUCCGGCCCCCCUCCUAGGCCGGGCUUCCCACAAGUCCUAUUCUGGGGUCUGCUGUGCCCCAUUAAAGGCCAUUCAUUUUUUAUAUUAUUAUUAAUAAUAUUAUUUUGCUCCGGUCAGGGGCCUAGGAGAGGGAAAAGCCUGAAAACCCCAAACGAGAGCCUUUCUUCAUCUCCUGGUGUCUGUAGGAGGCGCCUUCCCGAGGGCCAGAGUUCUGAAACAGUUGAUUUGCGGGGGAGGGGGGGCCAACCACAUUUAAGUAGAGAAAACAAAGAUUGUCUGGGGAGGGGCUGUCAGGAGAGGCUUCCUGGAGGAGGUGGCCUACCAGGGAAGCCCAGAAUAAGAUCCACAAUGGAACCCUUGGGUCAGCCCCUGCUGUUGGGUGUUAGUUUUGCGCUCACCUCCAUUGCCACUGGGGCUUCCAUAGGCAACGAGACCAGUCCCUCCUUUAAUCAGACUGCUCCAGACCCUGGAGAUGUCAGCCCCUCGCAGCCCCUGAUCAUCGGCGCGCUGGUGCUGGUCCUGUUGCUCAUCCUGUGCGUGCUGGCGGGCAGCUACUUGCUGAGGUUCCGGAGACACAGGAAGGCCGUGGUCAGCUCCAACGACAAGAAGAUCCCCAAUGGCAUCCUGGAGGAGCAAGAACAACAGAGAGUGAUGCUGCUGAGCAAGUCUCCGUCGGGGCCCAAGAAGUACUUCCCGAUCCCGGUGGAGCACCUGGAGGAGGAGAUCCGCCUUCGCUCCGCCGACGACUGUAAGAGGUUUCGGGAAGAGUUCAAUUCUCUGCCUUCGGGACAUGUCCAAGGAGCGUUCGAAACAGCCAACAAGGAAGAGAACCGAGAGAAGAACAGAUACCCCAACAUUCUCCCCAAUGACCACUCCAGGGUGAUUCUCAGCCAAGUGGACGGAGUGCCAUGCUCAGACUACAUCAACGCUUCCUAUAUAGAUGGCUACAAAGAGAAGAACAAGUUUAUCGCCGCCCAAGGCCCCAAGCAGGAGACGGUCAACGACUUCUGGAGGAUGAUCUGGGAGCAGAAGUCGGCCACCAUCGUCAUGCUGACUAACCUGAAGGAGAGGAAGGAGGAGAAAUGCCAUCAGUACUGGCCGGACCAGGGCUGCUGGACGUACGGCAACAUCCGCGUCUCUGUGGAAGACUGCAUCGUCCUGGUGGACUACACCGUCCGCAAGUUCUGCAUUCAGUCGCAGCUCCACGACGGCGGCAAAGCCCCGCGGCUGGUGACGCAGCUCCACUUCACCAGCUGGCCCGACUUCGGGGUGCCCUUCACCCCCAUCGGGAUGCUCAAGUUUCUGAAGAAAGUGAAGACCCUGAACCCCUCCCACGCGGGGCCCGUCAUCGUCCACUGCAGUGCCGGUGUGGGCCGGACGGGCACCUUCAUCGUCAUCGAUGCCAUCAUCGACAUGAUGCACUCUGAGCAGAAGGUCGACGUGUUUGAGUUCGUUUCCAGGAUCCGUAACCAGCGGCCACAGAUGGUUCAAACCGAUAUGCAGUACACGUUCAUCUACCAAGCCUUACUCGAGUACUACCUCUACGGGGACACGGAGCUGGACGUGGCCUCCUUAGAGAAGCACCUCCAGUCCCUCCACAGCCCCACGGCCCCCUUGGACAAAAUUGGCCUUGAAGAAGAGUUCCGAAAACUGACCAACGUUCGAAUAAUGAAGGAGAACAUGAGGACGGGCAACCUGCCAGCCAACAUGAAGAAGGCGCGGGUCAUCCAGAUCAUUCCGUACGACUUCAACAGGGUGAUCCUGUCGAUGAAAAGAGGCCAAGAGUACACGGACUACAUCAACGCCUCCUUCAUAGACGGGUACCGGCAGAAAGACUACUUCAUCGCCACCCAAGGGCCACUUCCGCACACGGUGGAAGACUUCUGGAGGAUGGUCUGGGAGUGGAAAUGCCACACGAUCGUGAUGCUGACGGAGGUCCAAGAGCGCGAACAGGAAAAGUGCUUUCAGUAUUGGCCAGCAGAGGGCUCCGUGACGCACGGACAGAUCCACAUCGAGCUUAAGAGCGACACCAUUUCCGAGGCCAUCAGCGUCCGGGAUUUCUUGGUGACUUUUAAUCAGGAGAAGAAGAGCAGGCUGGUCAGGCAGUUUCACUUUCACGGCUGGCCUGAGAUUGGGAUUCCAGCUGAAGGAAAGGGCAUGAUUGACCUCAUUGCUGCCGUCCAGAAGCAGCAGCAGCAGACGGGCAACCACCCCAUUACAGUGCAUUGCAGCGCCGGAGCAGGGCGGACGGGUACUUUCAUAGCGCUCAGCAACAUCCUGGAGCGGGUCAAAGCUGAGGGCCUCCUGGACGUCUUUCAGGCUGUGAAAAGUCUGCGACUGCAGAGGCCUCAUAUGGUGCAAACCCUGGAACAGUAUGAAUUCUGCUACAAAGUGGUACAAGAUUUCAUCGAUAUAUUUUCCGAUUAUGCUAACUUCAAAUGAAGAUUCCUGCCUUAAAAACAUUUUUUAAUUUAAUGGUCAGUACAGAUGUUUGUAAAUCGUGUUAAUUUAUUUCACAGUUGACAUUAAUAUUGUUCCUAAUUCCUGUGUACAUAGUUUGUUACCCUGUCAGUGUCACCUGCUCUAAAGGAAAGAAAUUAAAUCUAACAGCACUCUUCUUUUUUCAAUUGGCAUGAUGAGUUCAAGUCAAAUGAUCUUCAGCCACUCGUGUAUGCCCACAUCUGCCCAUGGCAGCGGUAUUUGCCCUUGUCAAUAGCUUAAUAAUGCAUCUCAUUUCAAAGGUUGAGCAUCUCCGAAUUGUGUACGGCCACCAGGGGAGCUCGAAAGACGCCUAACUCAUCACGUGCUUAUUUCCGAUGCCGACACAUCCGUCCGGUUCUUGGUCCAACAGUUCAGGGUUCUCAGAGCACCACCAAGCAUGCUUUGCCAGCUUUGCUUUUCAAAGCGCUCGGGGCAGCCGACUUUGAGGGUUCGUCCAUCCUCUAACUAGAGGGCUUUGGAAGUCUUCUGUUGGAACCUCCAGAUUUCAUGGUCGUUUUUCAAGGUUCUAGACCAUUUAAAACCUGGAUCCACGUCUGAAAGAAGCAUGGGGACAUCACUUGAAAUUGAGAUUCAAAAUUCAGUUUUAAAUAGAUCUCGACAUAUAUGUGCACACACGUGUGUGUGUGUGUGUGUGUGUGUGUGUAGUUAUGUGUGAAUGUGGCUAUCGAGAGAGGUUUUUUGGGGGUGGGUCCCAGGAGGGCCCCCCUUGCCUGUUCAGGAGCCUGUAGAGAACCCUGACAGGCCAGCCCCCGGCUUCUUCAGGCUUGCCUCCAGUUCCCUAAAAGCAGAGGCUACACCAGUUGACAUCACCCAAGUUCUGCCGCAGACACGUUUGCCGUCCCUGAAUGCUACCCCUGUGGAACCCCCCCCCCCCACACACACACUCACUGCCCUCCUGCAGGGCCAUUCCCUGUUCUCCCCUAGAGCCAGAAAGUCUCCAAAGCGGACGGUGCCUGAGUGGAAGCAUUCGGAGCAGGAGAAGUGACUCGUUCCAAGUCUCUGGGAAACCCUUUAGCGAGAACGCUUGUCCCGGGCCAAGGACUGCCGAUCUCUUCUAAAACGCUUUCAAACUGUGUCUCGCUUUGUAGGAUCUUUUUCAGGGUGUCUCUUAGGGUUCAGCCAGAGGAGGAGGAAAUCCUCACCCUUUGGGGAGCGGAACACUGCCGAAGCCUGAAGGACAGGAGGAAGGCCGAUGCCCCCCCGGGCACGACAGACGGACACAAUGCAGAAAGUGUCGAAGGAAAAAGGAUCUUUAGACAAGGAGGAAACAGUAAUGAGCACAAAGAAAGUCUUAACUCUCCCAACGAAUGUCUCGCCAACCCUGACCCACUGGAUGACUCCUUUUGCCUUUAUUUACAAAUAGAAAAGUCUCGUUGAGAAGCGAGGUGAGCAGAGCCACCGUGCAGUGGCUCUACAACAGGGCUAGCCUUGCCCGCGUGGGGAUGGGCUCGUGGACUUCAGACCGUUCCCAGAAAAGGGGACCACGAGCUCCCCUCGCCUUGAGGCAGCGGUGGCAGCGGAGAGGAGAUGGGGUCCCCAGCUGUCUGUGCCCCCCUCCUAAUGCCCACGGGCAGUGCCAGUGCCCCAGGGCAUGACUGGCAACCCCCGAGUGUCUCCAAUGGCUGGAAGGAUGUGUCAGGAGGCAGAGCAGAGAGGUAGGAAGCCAGCCCCGGCUAAAAUACUGCAGGACCAAAGGCCUUGGUUUCACUAAAGGAUUCCCCAAAACCAGUAUUUGACGGUCAGAGUCAUUGGGGAGCUGCCCAAAGCCACACAGGGAGGAAGUAGCAUUGUCUGGAUUUGAAUCCUGUACCUUUACCUACAGAUUCAGUGUUGACUGUCUUCUACCCACAUUAAUGUCUUUGAGCAUCUUCCAGGCAAAUGCAAGGGCCAUGUUUGGGGAUUUAAAAAAAAAUCUUAAAUGAAUCCAUUCAUGGCAGUCAUUAGGAUCCCUAAUGGAGAGAUAGAGGGACUCCAGAGAGCAGCUAGUGCCACAUCCUCAUUUUAUAGAGAAGGAAACUAAGGUCCAUGGAGGGGAAAUGACUUGGCCAAGGUCUUGCAGAAAAUUGAACUCAGUCCUCUGGCUCCAAGUUCAAUUCCAAGGAAAAGGCCCAGGGCUCCCCCCUUAAACAAGCUCUGAGUGCCAGCCCCAGGGUCUCCGAGGUCUCUUCCAGAUGGCCAGCUCUGGGAUGUGGAGUCUCUCUUCUCCGCUUCUUCCUUUUCCCACAUCAACCCAAUAAAUCAAUGAAUAAAUCAAUAAACGUCCCACCGCAGAAAAGACCCUCAGAGCCUGAGAGACCCUCCUGCAGCCGGGCUCCGGCCUGGGGGGGAGGGGGGGCGUCCCUCAGCCUUUAUCAUGGCCUUCGGGGCCCCCAGAAGAGGAUGAUCCGGAGGAACCUGGACUUCAGGCAGAUCAAGCCGGCACCAUCCUUUUCGGUGUGGCUCUGUUGCAUGUGGCUGAAUGAAGAUGCCCAAUGAGGAUGAGAAGGUCCCUUCUGGUCCGAAGCGCUACUGGUCACCGUGUGACCGCCCACGAGUCCCCUUCCUGGGGGACAGCCCGAGAAAACAGGCCUGAGCUCUCCGGGGCCACCUGUGCGUGCUUUAAGGCUUGGAAGGCGGGAGCCAACGCAGACUUUGGGGUGGAACCGACGCCACUUCCGGUCUGGCAUCCGCCCCGCCUUUUAUUUCCGCUCUGAUUGGAUCAGGCUCUGCGAAUGUUGCUGAAUUCUUUGUAUAUGCAAAUUGCCAGAUCUAAUACAAGUGGGGGAGGAUCCACCCUCCCGUUCUCAGCC